AUGACCCUGGAUGAGCUUCGGGAGUGGUCUCCCGACAUGUCCCCCUUCCGACAGAGAGUAGAGGUAGGCUUCCGUCAGGGGCACUGUUUCUCCUUCAAUCGUCUUUUUCCUGUCCCGCAACCCCUCUUUAUUCUCCUCAUCCCGUUACGCACUCUCGCCCUCUCGUUCUCCUCUUCAAUUCCUUCGUUCCUCAAUCCACCGCCCGCGAGCCCAUUUGUCCCUUCCGCCCUCCCCCCUUCCCCCAUUCCUCAUGCUGCUGCCAAUGCUGGUACUGCUUCUAGCCCUCCCGGUGCCAACUUUCCGUAUACAGCAGCAGCGCCGCCUGGUCACAGCACAGUUAUUCCUACUUCUCGGUCAGCCGAUCGUGCCGAACUGCUCCCCGGGCUGCCCGUGAAAAGUUUUUACAGUGGGUCGAGCGACGGGUCUGGGUAUCUACCCAGUGCCACGAGCAGCAGUACAGGGGACGACGGGAGCGAGGCUCUGGGGGAUUUGUUUAUGUGGGGAGAAGGGCUGGGAGAUGGGGCGUUAGGAGGGGGCGGACUGAGGAAACGUGGGACGAGCAGUGCAAUUCCGAUCCCUGGAUUUGAUUCAGUGGUGCCGAAACCGUUGGAUGCUGGGGUGGUGCUGGAUGUGAGCCACGUGGCAUGUGGGGAGGGGCACGCUGCGCUGGUGACGAGGCGAGGGGAGGUGUUCUGCUGGGGGGAGGAGGGAGGGGGGCGGCUGGGGCAGGGGCGUGAGAGGGACUUGGAACACCCGAAGCUGGUGGAGGGUUUGGAUGGUAUCCCUAUGGAUGAGGUGAGUGAAUUGGGGAAAGUGAGGGAAUGGGGUGAGAUGGGUGUGAAUGGGGGUGGGGCUGGGACAGGUCGCCUGUGGCAGUUUCAUCACACUCGCUCUCUCCAGGCAGGGGUCGCCUGUGGCAGUUUCGUCACACUCGCUCUCUCUAGGGCAGGGGAGGUGUUUCUCUGGGGGGACGGCCGCAAGGGUAGGGGCCUUCUGGGGGAGGGCGGAUACGAGGACAUGCCCCAGUGGGUGCCCAGGCGUGUGGGGGGAGCCCUGGACGGGGUGUAUCUGGUGCAGGUGGCAUGUGGGCCGUGGCACGUGGCGGCUGUAGCAGCUACAGGCCAGCUGUUCACUCCUUGCAAUCGCUUUGCACAAGAAGGACGUCUCCCCACCCCCAUUUCCACCCCACCCCCUCCCCUCGCCUGCCUCCCUCCCCUCCCACCCCUCCCAUUCCCUCCUCCCUCCCUCUUAUACCCAUCCCGCCCCAACACCACCCUGUUGUCUCCCCCCCUCUCUAUCCCUGCUGCAUCCGCCCCAUUCGUUCCCCACACCCAUCUAUCCCCCAUUCUCCCCACAAACACCUACCUCCCUCUCCCCCCCACCAUUCUCCCUCACCUCCACUGCAGCAUUAUCUCAUCGCCCAAGGAGGUGGAGUCCCUUCAAGACAUGUGGGUGUCCCGCGUUGCCUGUGGCGUGUGGCACACAGCAGCAGUCGUGCACGCCCCCGCCACUGCAAGCACCCCUUUCCCCCUUACCUCCUGUUGCCCCCCUCAAACACUCCACUACAGCAUUAUCUCAUCGCCCAAGGAGGUGGAGUCGCUUCGAGGCAUGCAGGUCUCCCGCGUUGCCUGCGGCGUGUGGCACACUGCAGCAGUCGUGCACGGUCCUAGCACUGCAAGCACCCUUCCCAGCACUGCAAGCUCCGGCACCACCGCAGCAAGUGACACUGCAACGAUCCCCUCAGCGGGAACAAUUGAAGGCGAUUCUGCAGCAGCAGUGGGGACAGUAGCAGCAGCGGGGGCGGGAACAGGGGGAACAGGUGGAUUAGCUGGGGUCGGCAUGGCAGGGGGCGUGGUAGCAGGGGGUGUAGCAGGCGGGAGGCUGUACACAUGGGGUGAUGGAGAUAGGUACAAGCUGGGUCAUGGCGACAAGCAGCAGCAGCUGCUGCCCAAGGCAGUAGACGCUCUCAGCCAAGUUGACAUCUCUCAGGUGGCUUGCGGGCAGGACAUCACAGUAGCGCUCACGCCAUCAGGCCAUGUGUAUGCCAUGGGGUCAGCAGCUCAUGGACAGCUGGGGAACCCCCAGGCAGACGGCCACACCCCAGCAGCUCAUGGACAGCCGGGGAACCCGCAAGCAGAUGGCCACACUCCCACCCUUGUGUCUGGACCCCCACUAUUUAAGCAGAUCGAGCAGAUUGCAUGCGGCACCCACCACACAGCAGCCCUCACUGCAGCAUCAGACCUCUUCACUUGGGGCCAGGGCAGUCACGGCCAGUUGGGGCAUGGAGACGUGCGGGACAAGGAGACCCCCACGAGGGUUGAAGCCAUCAAAGAUCAGCGUGUGCUGUCGGUGAGUCACAUCACGAGAUCUCUGUCACUCUCUCUGUCCCUCUCCUCUCUCACUAUCACUCCCUCUAUUACAUUCACAUUCCUCUCAUUCACUCCCUCGAUUACAUUCACGUUCGUCUCAAUCACUCCCUCUAUUACAUUCACAUUCCUCUCAAUCACUCCCUCUAUUACAUUCACAUUCCUCUCAAUCACUCCCUCUAUUACAUUCACAUUCCUCUCAAUCACUCCCUCUAUUACAUUCACAUUCCUCUCAAUCACUCCCUCUAUUACAUUCACAUUCCUCUCACUCACCCGCUCUAUUACAUUCACACUCCUCUCAAUCACUCCCUCUAUUACAUUCACAUUCCUCUCAAUCACUCCCUCUAUUACAUUCACAUUCCUCUCACUCACCCCCUCUAUUACAAUCACACUCCUCUCAAUCACUCCCUCUCUGUUCUCCACUGCAGGCAUCCUGCGGGCCAGCCAGCACAGCGGUGAUGUGUCAGCAUCAGCACGCACAGGGCUCAGACCACCACCACUGCACGCUGCUGUUUCCACCUCUCCUCACGCUCCCUAUCUGCCCCUCUCUGUCGCUUCUCCACCUCAGGUGUCCUGUGGGCCAGCCAGCACAGCAGUGGUGUGUCAGCACAGGCAUGCACAGGGCUCAGACCACCACCACUGCACACUCUGCCGCCAGGCCUUCUCCUUUGCCCGCAUCCGCCACCACUGCUACAACUGCUCCCUCCCCGUCUGCCACGCCUGCAGCCCCCGGAAACUGCUAGGGGCAGCCAUGGCUCCGACUCCCACCCGUCCUUACCGUGUGUGCGACACGUGCUUUAACAAGAUGAUGGGAGUGGAUCCUUGGGAUUGGAGGCAGCAGGGGGGUGCGGUGGGGAGCGGGGAGGCGCGGUGGAGAAAGGCGAAGGAGGAGGCAGACAAGGAGAUUCAGAGACUGCGAGAAGAGCUACGAGUGGUGAAAGCGAGGAGUGCGGAGGUGGAGAGGGAGCGGCAGGCAGAGAGGCGGCUAGCGAGCAAGCAGGUCGAGGCAGCCUUCUCAGCGGCCAGCAGGGCUGCUGCUCGUGCUGCUGGCGCUCGUGACGUCAUCCAACUGCUCUCUCAGCAGCUCACCACUCUCACUCAAGAUCUCCCUGAGGGCAGCACCAAGCAAGUCAGCCUCGCAGUGACCUCCCUGCCAGCUGCUGUGGCCUACACAGGCCCGCUCCUCUUCCCCACUCUCAUCCCCCUCCCUUUCCCCCCUCCCCCCCCUCUUCACUCCUGUCCCUCUUCUCCCCCUUUCUCUUCUCCCUCCCCCCACUUCUUUUUCUCCCUGCCCCCCAUCCAUACACAGCUCACCUCGCUCACACAAGCUCUCCCUGAGGGCAGCACCAAGCAAGUCAGCCUCGCAGUGACCUCCCUGCCAGCUGCCGUGGUCUACACAGGCCCGCUCCUCUCCUCCACCUCCAUCCCUCCAACCCUAACGGAGCUCCCUCCACAACAAGUUACCAGCACUGCCGCUGUGUUGGCUCCAGGACAGGCAGUAGCUGAAGGGGGGCCAUGUGGGGAGGGGGCACGUGGGGAGGGGGCACGUGGGGAGGAUACAUGUGGGGAGGGGUUGUGUGGGGAAGAGGCACGCGGGGAGGUAGCAGGUGGGGCUGAUUGGGUGGGUGCUACUAGUGGCACUGCUCCAUCCACUGAUAUGGGAGGUGCCGCUGCUGCCGCCGCAGCUGCAGCUGCAGCAGCAGGGAUAGCUGGGAGGGACGGUGAGUCGGUUGCAGCAGCUGCGGCUGCGUUGGCCGCGCUGCGGGUGGAAGAAGAGUUGCGGGAAUCUUCUGAGGGAUGGGAAGGUGCACAAGACGUGGCAGAAGCAGCAGUAGAAGCAGAGGUGCCUGAAGAAGUAGCAGCCAAAAGAGCAGAAGCAGCAGAAGCAUCCGGCAAACUGGAAGGCAGUAUGCUGAAGGGCUUAGCUGCAGAUGUUGAAGGGGAUCAAAUUAAUCGACUUGUGCUGGAAGGGGCAAUUCAGGAGGAGAUGGUUCAGAAAGAUGAAGCACAAAAGCAGCGAGGAGACGGGGAUGGGGAGAGCGAGAACGAGAUUCCUUCAGAAUCGUCAUACCUUUCUUCUCAGUCCAUGCCUCCUCCUUCAGACUCCUCAAACAUCUCUAAACCCGCCAGAAAAUCCAACAAGUCUUGGUCGUUUCGAAGCGCAGUGGGCAUGCCUUGGAGUCCUGCGGGCGGGUCAGAUGAAAACAUUGACUCCCCCAGAUCGCAGUGGUUCGGGCAGGUGAAUAGAGGCGCUGGGAAGACAGGCCUGGGGGUCUCUUCUGAGGCAUCUGUGGGGAGCGGAGGGCAGGGGCUUUCUGUUUGCGCUGCAGCAGAAGAGGGGAAUCUACAUGGUGAUGCUUUAGCUGAUGUGGCUGAAGGGGAGGAUGAGGAGGCAGAGGAGAGGUUUGCUGGUGGUUGUAGGGAAGGUUCGGAGGGGGCAAGGGAGCCAGGUAUGGGAGUCUGUGGUGAGGAGGAGGGUAAGGAGGAAGCAGGGGAAGGAGAGGCGGAGGAACGGAGGGAUGGGAUGGAAGGGAUGGGAGCUGCGAGCAAGCAGGUGGGCGCUGAUGCUGCUUCCCGGAAAGGGGUUGCUGAAAGGGGAACUGUUGUUGUCUCUAAGAAGGUGACUGGCAUUGGGAUUCCACCUGUGUGGAACGGGAUCUGUGAAAUGACCCCCAGACCACAGCGACCGGCCAGCAGAUUCGCAGUAGAUAGGGGUGCGGGCAUGGACAGUGCUGCUGCUGUUGCUGUGGUGGAUAGAGAGGAGAGGGGGAACGGGCCACUGUGUCCUGAUGGAUUGGAAGGGAGUGGGGCAGUGCGAGAAGGAAGUGGGGCUCCAGGCGAAGCUUCGUUUGGAAGGGUUGUGAAUGAUGGAUCUGGUACGCUUCUUGCAGCAUCGGAUCUGGAUGGGAACGCUGCAGAAGCGAAUCCAGAGGAGAAUUAUUCUGUGGAGUAUUCAGAGGAAGGUGGUACAAAAUCUGCUGGACAAUGGGGGUAUGUGCCAGGCCAGCGGCAGUAUGGAGAUGUUGUGACGGGUGUGGAGGGUGUGGAGGACCGUGCGGGGGCAGGUGAGGAGGAUGGGAGCUGUGGCUGGCAAUAUGUGCCACGUGCUAUGAGCCGGGGCGAGACAGGGAGUGGUGAUUGGGAAGAUGCUGGGGGUGAGGAGAGUGCUGGGGGGGAGGAGAGUGCUGGGGGUGAGGAGAGUGCUGGGGGUGAGGAGAGUGCUGGGAGGGAGGAGAGUGCUGGGGGGGAGGAGAUUGCUGGGAGGGAGGUGAAUGUGACUGGGGAGGGGGGAGGAUACAAGGAGGAGAGUGCUCGGGAGGAAGAGGAUUGUGGGAGGGAAGCGGGUGCAAGCAGGGAAGAGAGUGCAAGCAGGGAAGAGAGUGCAAGCAGGGAGGAGAGACAUGAGAGGAAGCACAGGAGCAGGAAGCUGGGAGAUGGGGAGUGGGUGGAGCAGCCAGAGCCUGGGGUGUAUGUGACUCUGGCAAAGCUGCCUGGGGAAGGGACUGAGCUUCGUCGAAUCAGGUUCAGGUAA